GCUGUAAUUGGAUCCACCUGUGUGUGUCUGGACCGGGAUCAGGAGUUGCCUUCAAAGCCGCUCGAGUUUGUCGUCCGCUGCAAACCUGAUUACGCCAGGAACGCGCCCGCGUCUGUGCCAUGAGGCGUUUGGCUGCAUUUGGGUUUCUCAUUCUGCUGGUGGUCGUUUUGGAGGCAGAGGCUCAAAGCAAAUCCGCUCUAAACAUCACCUCAAAAUGUCUUGGGAACAUCAUGCGUGUGGAUGUUGGACCUCUCGGAGGGAAACUUCUGGACGUUGCGGUUGUGACAAACAGCUCCUCCGUCUUCCUCUCGCCCAGAUCGGCGUCUCAGUGUGGCUUCAGUCUGACGGCAGAUCAGCUGGGGAACGUCGCGAUUUACGCCUCCGUUCAAAACUGUUUCGCUCAGAAUGUGGAAGAUAAAGCCUUUACAACAACACUGACUCUUCAUCUGCACGGACACCAACUGGAUGAAGACGAGCAGUACCAGGUGGUGGAGACCUGCCCAUCCUCAGCCUGGGCCUCCAGGGAGAUCGUCUGUAACUACAACUACAUGGAGGUGUCCGUAAAAAAGGCCUCUGAUGGCGAUUAUCUCCUGACGAACUACCCUGUGAGACGGGCCGAUUCCACGUUGGGUGGUCCCAGAGGAGCAGCAGAGAGACGCCCUGCAGUCGCUGGGUUCAGGGUCACGGGCCUCCUGUUCUUCACUCCUGAGGAGAGGAUGAUGACGGUGAGCGAGGCCCUGAGGAGGGGUUACGCCGUAGACAACACUCCCUCCAGGCUGCUGCUGCGAAGUCCCAAGAACUCGCCCGAAACCUACGUCCAGAACGUGGCAGGGGUGCCGAUGACCGUGCUCAGAACCUCCGCAGUCUUGGAACGGAGGGGGCUGAUGACUAGAACGAACGCAGCGGCUGCUUGUCCGCUAAUGGAGGGCAGCGUUUUCUUCACUCCGGACACAAUCACCUGGUACCUGCCCCGGCGCGUGGACCCGCUCGUCUCCUCCGCCCGCUUCCGGCUGCUGGAGGUGCACGUGGGCGUCGCCGGCCAGAGGCUCCGCCCCUCGGAGGCGGCGGCCAGACGGUUCUCGGUGUCGGUCAACAACGUGCACGUCGUGAUCCGAAUCCCGGUCGGGGCCGUCGGCGGAUACUCGAAGAGUCGCGUGCAGGACAAUCGAUACUUCACCUUUUACACGAUUGAGCUGAUGGUUGAGCUGCUCUGGGUUGAAGGCGCUGAUCGGGACACCAGAUAUAAAGUCCUGUCUCCCAUCACGACGCCGUUGCUGCCCCAACCCGUUCGCGUCACCGACGGCACGGUUCCAGGGGAGCAGAGGUUCAAGGUCAUGGUCGGCCCGUUUGCCACAGACGUGGCGCUGGUCAACAUCACCUUCGCCUCCGAGGUUCUGUCUGUGUCCGACUGCAUCGUCCGAGGCUUCAACCUCAUGGAGCGGAGGUCCCCCAACUACAGCUCUCGGAGCUUCACGCUCGAAGUGCCCUUCGCAGACCCCGUUGUGCUGAAGCUGAGGGAGAACGGCCUGAUGUCCUUCAGGCUCCAGCUGACCUUUGGCCUCCUGGUGCUGCCGGAGUUUGCUCCGUUUUCCCACACUGCUUAUCUGGAGGCAAAAUUAGCAGAGCCCGUGCCGCCCUCGGUCUCCGGCAGCUGUGAUCUUCAGUUCUUCCACGUCCUCGUGGAGUACGGGACCCAAAGCUUUCACACGAUCGUGGGGAACCGGUCGCUGACCUCGGUUCUGGCUCAGCAGUACGGUUUCAGGAGUAACGGAACGCACUUCAGCCUGGUGGUGCCGUUCUCUGCUCCUGAUGUUGCAUUUCAGGCAAUUGAAGGAUCCUACAUCAGGGGCCGACUUAAGGUGAUUUUAAGGUCCCCAGAAACCAACUCCGUGAUCAAAGACUUCUCUCUGGCUUGUAACUUCCCUUCACUGUUGACUGAGUGUUUCCCAAAUGGAACCAUGACGACCUGGGCGGUGAAACUGGAUUUGAUUCCCAGUCUGAACACCAGCCAGCUCACGCUCAGAGACCCGUCCUGUGGUCCCUCGUACAGUGACGAGCGCUUGGCUUACUUCGUCUUCACGGCGACCUCCUGUGGGACAACCAGGAAGUUUCUGUCUGAUGCAAUGCUGUAUGAAAAUGAAAUCUCCUUACCUGAUGAUGUGCUGCAGCAGGUAUCUGAACCUGAGGAGCCUGUGUAUGAGUUAAAGGUUUCUUGUUAUUAUGACCUCAAGACAAGCAACACUGUGGAUUUCCAGAAUGAAAAUCUGCCCAACGAACUCUAUGCUGAAAACACAAAAGGAGAAUUUCCAGUUGCGAUAAGAAUUGCUUUGGACAAGUCCUACAGGACUUUCUACAGAGACGAGGACUAUCCCAUCGCCAAAUACCUCCAGCCUCUUUACCUAGAGUUAGAACUGAUGAGGGCCACAAACCCCAGAUUAUCGCUGGAGGUGGAGAACUGCUGGGCGACUCGGGAGGAGAACCGGAUGUCUCAACCCAGAUGGAACCUCAUCGUUGAAGGGUGUGCAAACGAGGCAGAUCCGUAUUCUGUGGUCUUCCAUCCCGUCUGGACCGAUGCCAGAGUUCGAAAUCCUUCUCACUUCAAGCGCUUCGAGGUGCAGACAUCUGCCUUUCCUGGAAAUGAAGUCUCGGGUUCUCAGGUCUUUGUCCACUGUGAUGUGGUGAUUUGUGAGGCCAGAAUGCCUCUGGGCGGCGUUUGCAACAGACAGUGUCCAAACACUGGAAACAGAAAAGGACACAGAAGAGCUGCAUCACACAUGCUUGGUAUCAAACUAGUGUCGACAGGACCAAUAAAAGUCUAGCAUUAAAGA